AUGGACUUAUGGCUGUUGUACUUACUGCAGCAUGAGUUCAGGGCGCGAAGAGCGUUACAAGAACGUUUGUCUUGCUUGGCAAGCAAGGACCAUGCCAUCACUUUGGUCAAAGAGAACCGCAACCUCUUGGCCCUCGUCAAGCUCUCCGCUAUCCUCGCUUGCUGCCCUUCCGGCUCUGCCCUCGCCCCGAAGUUCCGACUCGAGUUCCUUGGCCGAAGCUGCACGCGGGACUUUGGUACCAAAGGGCGACGGCCUUCGCAGUCGAGGUGCUUGCAACAGCAAUGCGUGGCGCAGCUGCGCCUGAACUUGCCAUCCGCAGAGUCAUCAGCUACAGCAACUUUCAGCAAUCAGUUUUGCAGCCGAUGA